AACUGGUAGAGGCGUAGGAACCCAGAAACUGAUCACUUAGAUCUCAACAAAGCCUCCUGUUGCUUCAUUCCAUAUCUUCACUCUCCCUUCAGCCGGAUUUUUUUUCCCUAUGGAAAAUUCUACUUCUCUAAAGCUAGAACAAGAAAGCCAAGAGCCGGAGGAAGCAGAGGGGCCAUGGCAAGGAAAGUCAGAAGCUUCUCCCCAAGAUCCUGGUCCCCCAUCACCUGAGUACCAGGAACAGGAGCAAAGGUCUGACGCUGAAGUCCCACCAAGAAUAAGCCCCUCUUGGACCCCCCAGUCUAGGGCCAGCCUGUCUCUGGGAGACCUCACCGCCGGACCAGGAGGGUCAUCCUCCCCUCCUUCGCCUCCUCCGAAGUCUCAUUUUAUUCCUCCCAUGACUGCAGCUACUCAAGAACCUGUUGCUUCAUCACAAGGAGAGAGGUCCCCUACUGACACACCUCAUUCUGAUCCUUGGGAACCAUUUUCUGCUGCAAGACAAUCAGCUUCUUAUUACAGGAGCCAAACAGAGGAAAACACCUUCCUGCAGCCUCGGGCACACCAACCUGACCUACGUGGGAUAGGGGAUGUCAGCUGUGACAAGUCCAAGGACAAGCGGCUGAGAUUUGACCUUUUACACGAGGAAGACUCAAACAGUAACUGUGAUCCAGACCAGCCUGGGUUUGGGGCCAAUGAAGCAGCCCCCAAUAUGCUUGAGGUGGCUGUGCAGAACGCAAAAGCAUACCUGCAGCAAAGUAGCAGCAAGUCUGGCUUAAAUCUAUAUGAUCAUCUUUCUAAUUUGCUGACCAAGAUACUAGAUGGGCGUCCUGCAGAUGCUGUUGACAUCAUUGAAACUAUAAGCCAAGAUGUGAAAAUGGAACAUUUUAAUAAAAAAUUAGAUACACUCUGCAAUGAAAAUGAGAUGCUUCCAGAAUAUGAAAUAGCAGAGAAGCAAAAGGCUCUCUUUCUCCAGGGUCAUUUGGAAGGUGCUGAUUCAGAACUGGAAGAGGAAAUUGCGGAAAGCUCUCUGCCUAAUGUGAUGGAAUCGGCUUAUUAUUUUGAACAAGCUGGAGUUGGUUUGGGGACAGAUGAGACUUACCGAAUAUUUCUUGCCCUCAAGCAACUUACUGACACACAUCCAAUCCAAAGAUGCCGCUUCUGGGGCAAGAUCUUAGGUCUGGAAAUGAAUUAUAUUGUUGCUGAAGUGGAAUUUCGUGAUGGUGAAGAUGAAGAGGAGGUGGAAGAGGAAGGGGUAGCUGAAGAGAGGGACAAUGAAGAAAGUGAAGCCAGUGAAGGCGAGGAGGAUGAAUUACCAAAGUCCUUAUAUAAGGCCCCACAGGCUAUACCUAAGGAAGAAAGUAGAACAGGGGCCAAUAAGUAUGUCUAUUUUGUUUGCAAUGAGCCUGGAAGGCCAUGGGUGAAGUUACCAUCAGUUACUCCUGCACAAAUUGUUACUGCAAGAAAAAUCAAGAAAUUUUUCACUGGGCGACUAGAUGCAGCUGUUGUAAGCUACCCACCCUUCCCAGGAAAUGAGAGCAAUUACUUACGAGCCCAAAUUGCCCGGAUUUCAGCAGGCACCCAUGUUAGCCCUCUAGGAUUCUAUCAGUUUGGUGAAGAGGAGGAGGAAGAAGAAGAGGUGGAAGGUGUUAGAAAUAGCUAUGAAGAAAACCCUGAUUUUGAAGGCAUCCAAGUGACUGACCUGGUGGAAUCUCUGUCCAGCUGGGUUCAUCAUGUGCAGUACAUUCUUCCUCAGGGUCGAUGUAGUUGGUUCAACCCUCUACAGAAAAACGAGGAAGAGGAAGAGGAAGAGGAGGAAGAUGAAGAAAAAGGAGAAGAGCCUGACUAUAUAGAACCAGAAGUGGGGCCUCCUCUUUUGACACCAAUUUCUGAAGAUUUAGAAAUUCAGAAUAUACCCGCUUGGACAACAAGGCUAUCCUCAAAUCUCAUUCCGCAGUAUGCUAUUGCUGUCCUUCGAUCCAAUCUUUGGCCUGGAGCAUAUGCCUUUUGCAAUGGCAAGAAGUUUGAAAACUUCUACAUAGGCUGGGGUCAUAAGUAUACUGUGGAGAAUUACACACCCCCAGGUCCACCACCAGUUUAUCAAGAAUAUCCCAGUGGACCAGAAAUUACAGAAAUGGAUGAUCCCAGUGUGGAAGAGGAACAGGCUUUCAAGACUACACAAGAGGCAGUUGAACUUUCAGCUGAGGAGAAUGAAGAAACUGAAAAUGAAGAUGAUGAUGAUGAUGAUGAUGACAACUAAUACAGAAUUAGCCCAAUCUUAUGUGGCACUAACACACACAAAUCUUUAAGGGGGGCUAAUUAUAUAUAUAUAUAUCAUAUAUAUGAUGUAUAUGUAUAUGUUGGAAAUGAUGGUAUACAAUAUCUUUCCUUUAAAGUUAUCAAAUGAGGGAGGCACAUAGAGAGAUGACUUAGUGGUUACAAAAAAAAAUGUUUUUGCUGAGGACAGGAAUUCACUUGCUAGCACCCAAGUCAGGGAAGUUCACCACCACCUGCAACUCCAGCUGAAGGAGAUCUAAUGCCCUCUUCAACCCUCCACAGGCACCACACGUGUGCAUACAUGCUCACUUACAUAAAAACAUAUCUUUACAAAACAUUUUAAAAAGCUGGGUGUAGUGAAACACACCUUUACUACCAGCAUUUGGGAGGCAGAGACAAGAGCAUCUUUGUGAGUUCAAGGCCAGACUGGUCUGUAUAAUGAGUUCCAGGGGAGCCAGGGCUACAUGAGGAGAACCUGUCUCAAAAAUAACAAAUCUUUAAAAACAUACAUCAAAUUGGAAACUUCAUAUAUAGAACUUCCAGUAUUUACAGAAAGUUGCACAGUAGAUUUUCCAAAAGCUCAUGAAAUGAUCAUAUCACUGUUUUAAUGGUUACAACUGUUACAACUAACAUAAUUAACACUUUAGUAAUCCUGCUUUGAAAACAUUUCAAAUUAUUUUUUUUUCUUUUCUUUUUUUUUUUUUUCCCUUGACAGGGUCUUACUAUGUAGCUCUGGCUGUCCUGGAACUCACUAUGCAGAAAAGAUUGGCUUCCAACUCAGAAAGAUCCACCUGCCUCUGCGUCCCAUGUGCUGGGAUUAAAGGAGUGGACCACAAUACUCAAAUUUAACUCCUAAUAUGGAAAGUAUUGAAAGUUAUAAUUCACAAUCCUUCUUGGAAACUUCUAGUUUUUGAGAGUCAAGGAAUAUGGAGUUUAAAACAUUGAUAACCAGGGACUAAAGAGAUGGCUCAGUGGCUAAGGGCACUUCUUCACUUGCAGAGGAUCUGGGUUCAGUUACCAACACCUACACAUUAGCUUGAACACAUCAGUUCCAGGGAAUCCACCACUGCCUUCUUUCAGGGGUAACACAGACACACAAACACACACACAUCAUGUGUGUGUAUGUUGGGGGGGGGAGGCAAAAUACUCAUACGUGUAAGUCCAAAAAAAAUCAAACAAACCUCUAACCAUUAACAGAAAGCAUCAUUCUAGCCUGCCUGCCAGAACUGGAGUGUGCAUUCUUAAAUCUGUAGUUGCUUAUUCUGGAAGCAAUGAUACUGUGUGCAAAUACGGUGCAUGUGUACUUAUUCUCUUCCCUGGAUGAGCAUUCACGAUUCUAUAAUCUGAGUAAAAGCUGAAAAGUUCCCAUUUAGUGACUGUUGAUCUUAGAGCCUCUGCUGUUCAGGAAGUUGUCUCCUGUGCCAGUGAAUUCAAGGCUCUUCCCCACUUUUUCUUCUAACAGGUUUAGUGUGUCUGGUUUUAUGUUAAGGUCUUUUAUUCCCUUGGACUUUAGUUUUGUGCAGGUGAUAAGUAUGGAACUAUAUGCAUUUUCUACAUGUAGACAGCUAGUUAGACUAGCACCAUUUGUUGAAGAUGCUCUUUUUUUCCAUUGUAUGGUUUUGGCAUCUUUGUCAAAAUUCAGGUGUCCGUGUGUGUGGGUUUAUUUCUUGGUCUUCUAUUCAAAUCCAUUGAUCUACCAGUUGGUUUCUAUGCCAGUACCAUGCAGUUUUUCAUUACUGUUGCUCUAUAAUACAGCUUGAGAUCAGGGAUGGAGAUACCUCCAGAAGAUCUUUUAUUGUAGAGGAUUGUUUUAGGUAUUCUAGGUUUCUUGUUAUUCCAUAGGAAGUUGAGAAUAAAAAUCUGGGCACAAAGAUCUUUUCUGAGACUGAUAUUCCAAAAAAGGACCAUGCAUAGAGAUAACCUAGAACCCCUGCACAGACAUAGCCCAUGGCAUCCCAGUCUCCAAGUUAGUGCCCUAGUAAGGGGAACCAGGGCUGUCUCUGACAUGAACUAAGUAGCUGGCUCUUUGAUCACUUCUCCCUGAGCAGGGAGCAGCCUUAUCAGGCCAGUCCUGAAGAGACCUGAUAGGCUAGGGUCAAAUGGAAGGGGAGGAGGACCUCCCCUAUCAGUGGACUGCGGGAGGGUCAUGGGAGGAGAAGAGGGAGGGAGGGUGAGAUUGGGUGGAGACGAGGGAGCUACAGCUGGGAUACAAAGUGAAUAAAUUAUAAUAAAUAACUUUUAAAGCUGUUUUCAAAAUUUUAGAUUUUUUUGUUUUCCUCAACUUUUCCAUCCAUCUCCUUUCUCUUCCUUAUUGGUGGGAAAGGAUUACAGAGAUGAGAGGUGAUAAUAUCCAGACACUUUAAACUUACAUUCUCUACCACUAACACUCUGAAAACAUUCUAAUUCACUAAAAAGGCAUUUUAAAAAUUAUUUUAUUAUUUUGUGUGUAUUAGGGCUUUGCCUGCAUUCAGGUAAAUGCAUCAUGUGCAUGUAUGAUGCCUACCAGAGUCAUUGUUGGAUGCCAUGGAACUGGAGUAACAGGUGGUUGUGAGCCACCAUGUGGUGCUCGGAAGUAAACAUAGGUCCUCUUUCUUGCAAGAGGAAAAAGUGCUCUUAACCACUGAACUACUCUUCAUCCUCCAGCAUUUAAAAAUCUAAAUGGACUAGCCAUCAUAAAAUUAGGAAUAAAACCUAGGCACUGCUCCUGAAUAUUGCUUUUACUGAAGAGGGAAAUAUAAGAUUAAAGAGAGUACAGUUUACCAAAGUGCUGCAUGUUGGCAAGGGACUUUGGAUUGAAUAUAACUUCCAGUGAAAGGUAUGGGGAGGUAGGCAAAGGCUGGCCAGUGGGUAUAGCUGUUGCCAUGGCUCCAGGGAUUGGUCUGAGAGAUGAGGGAAUGAAAAAAAGAUAAACACAGACACACAGAAGAGCUGGGAUUGGGAAAACUGGUCUGAGGGAGAAACAUCAGCAACCAUGUUAGCAGUCCCGUUGUCUUUACUGUACACAGUUAAACAGGGAGGCAGGGUUUUCGCAUACAGCCAGAGAAGGAGGCACUUGAACAAGUAGGCAGCUUUGACCAAUAUUGGUAAAAAGUCUCUGUAGGGUAGAAGUUUUCAGACUGUAGACAUGGAGUGGGAAUUGAGAAAGCUACAGUGGAUAUUUUUCUGUACUCACUGUCAAUAUUUGCACCCAGACCCUAGGAAGCCUUUACCAUUCCAUGGGGCUGAGGCAUCGGUCCCUGGUAUGACCAGGCCCAUGUCUACAAUACACAUCCACUCAGGAUUUCACUGGCUUUCCUGCAGGCUGGAGUUUACAAACCAGCAAGAGACAGUGGUAAACUAGGUCACACAAAUACAUGUAAAGGUUAAACACUUUAGCUUUAAUGUUAAGGGCAAAAUAUAGAUAACUAAGACUGAGAGUUUCAUUGGGAGUCUGUCUGAUAAUCUAGGCAAUGGAAACACAACUAUAUAGUGAUAUAAAAUAGAAAUUGACUGUCAAGAGGGCAGGUGGAAAGGGUUCUCCAAGUACUAAAUUCUUGUUUUUGUUUGUUUUCUUUUGUUUUCUGAGAAAGGAUUUCUCUGCGUAGCCCUGGCUAUCCUAUUGCUUUGUAGACCAGGCUGGCCUUGAACUCAAAGAUCCGCCUGCCUCUGCCUCCCCGUUGCUGGAAUUACAGGCAUGCGAGCCUGGCAAAUUCUUGUUCUUAAGAGUACAAAGUUCAAGGCAUAUACCCGAAAUAUGCUCAAGUACACAAAAAGGACAUCUGCUCAAUCAUGUUCAUAGCAGCUUUAUUUGUAAUAGCCAGAACCUAGAAACAACCCAGAUGCCCCUCACCUGAGGAAUGCAUAGAGAAAUUGUGGUAUAUUGACACAAUGGAAUACUACUCAGCAAUUAAAAACAAGGAAAUCAUGAAAUUUGCAGGCAAAUGGUAGGAACUGGAAAAGAUCAUCCUGAGUGAGGUAUCCCAGGAGCAGAAAGACACACAUCGUAUACACUCACUUAUAAGUGGAUAUUAGAUAUACAAUAUAGGAUAAACAUACUAAAAUCUGUACACAUAAAGAAGCUAAGCAAGGAGGAGGACCCAGAAUAAGAUGAUCAAUCCUCACUCAGGAAAGCAAACAGAACGGACAUUGGAAGAGGGAGAAAACAGAAAACUGGACAUGAGCCUACCACAAAAGGCCUCUGAAAGACUCUACCCAUCAGGGUAUCAAAGCAGAUUCUGAGGCUCAUAGCCAAACUUUGGGCAGAGUGCAGGGAAUCUUACGAAAAAGGUGAAAAAGACCCGGAGGGGACAGGAACUCCACAAGGAGAGCAGCAGAAUCAAGUAAUCUGGGCACAGAGGUCUUUUUUUUUCUGAGACUGAUAUUUCAACCAAGGACCAUACCUGGAGAUAACUUAAAACCCCUGCACAGAUGUAGCCCAUGGCAGGUCAGUCUCCAAGUGGGUUUCCUAGUAAGGGGAACAGGAACUGUCUCUGACAUGAACUCAGUGGCUGGCUCUUUGAUCACCUCCCCCUAAUGGGGGAGCAGCCUUAUCACCAUGCCCAAAGGAAGACAAUGCAGGCAGUCCUGAUGAGACCUGAUAGACUAGGAUCAGAUGGAAGGAGAGGAGGACUUCCCCUAUAAGUGGACUUGGAGAGGGGUGUGGGAGGAGAUGGGGAGGGAGGGUGGAAUUGGGAAGGAAGAAGGGAGAGGGCUACAGCCGGAAUACGGAGUGAAUAAACUGUAAUUAAUAAAAAGAUAAAAAUUAAAAUAAAAAAGGGUACAAAAUUCAGUCUUUGCUGGAGUACUGCACUUCGUGUAUCUUCAAGCAGGUUCUUACUCUUUUUAGGAAACACAUUUUAAAUUGCUCAAUAUCCAUUUCUUCUCAUUUCUUUCUGAGGACUUCUACAAUCAUAUAUGUUUGCUCUCUUUAUAAUCUGAAAUUUGAACAUUCUACAGCUUCUAACUUGAUUGUUCCUGCUAUAAUAACUGACACAAAAUUGUAGCUUCCGAUUUGGUUCCAACCCACUUCUCUAAGUUAACCACAAAUUCUAAGAGUCUUUCAAUAAUAAUCCCUUUGUGAGGUACAGCAAAAGAUUCUUGCAUACAUGCAUACA